GGAAACUUUCCGGCGACGUAAGAAAAAAGGAAACUCCCACUGCUAUUAGUAUUCGAGUCUCCGAAAUCAGAUAGAGAGAGAGAUUAGUAUUUCAGAUAAACAAACUGUUUCAGUCUUCAAAAUCCGAGAGAGAUGGGUGAAGUUUGGAGAUGGAACAAGGAAGUAGAGAUGGAUUCGAUAAGAGAUUGUUUGAAACAUUUUAGUUCCAUCGCUAUCGACACAGAGUUUCCCGGAUGCUUAAAGGAGACUCCGAUGGACGCGAGUGAGGAAAUUCGUUACAGAGACAUGAAGUUCAAUGUGGACAACACCCAUCUCAUCCAGUUAGGUUUCACGCUAUUCGACAGAAGAGGAAUCACUAAAACCUGGGAAAUAAACUUGUCAGAUUUCAACGAACAUAAGUGCUUCAAAAACGAUAAGUCCAUAGCUUUUCUCAAAAGCAAUGGUCUCAAUCUGGACAAGAUCGGAGAGGAAGGUAUUGGAAUCGAAGAAUUCUUUAGAGACUUUUCUCAGAUUCUCAAGGAGAAGGACGGAAAGAUAACUUGGGUGAAUUUUCAAGGCUCUUACGACAAUGCUUAUCUCGUUAAAGGCUUAACGGGAGGGAAACCGUUACCGGAGACUAAGGAAGAGUUUCACGAGACCGUCGAGCAGCUUUUGGGAAAGUUUGUUUUUGACGUAAAGAAAAUCGCUGAAUCAUGCAGCGGACUAAGUAGCCGAUUCGGACUACAGAGAAUAGCUGAUGUGUUGCAGAUGAAACGUGUUGGAAAAGCUCAUCACGCUGGCUCAGACAGUGAAUUGACGGCUCGUGUCUUCACUAAGUUGACUUUCGAUUUGCUCAAUAGUAGAAAGCAGUGUGUAAGACGAGUUGAUCAUCAGCAAUAUCAACUAGAGCAGCAGCAGCUUAUGAUGACUAGAUGUUACAUCCCAAUACCGAUACCUAUACCGAGACCGAGAUCGGUGAUGUUUGCUGCUCAUCACCCGAACCCGUAUUUUGGUGGUGGUUACUUUGGGAUGCCGGUCCAAGGAAGGAACUACGUUUUGUGA